AUGCUCAAACGUCUAUUUAGCAGCACCAAGGGGGCCAUGGAAUCCUACAAUGCUUCUUUUGAGCCCUUGUUUGCAAGCAAGGGAUUAACGAGUGCUGUAGGGAAUACUCCUUUGGUAAAGCUUAACCGGAUUAGUGACGAGAUUGGCCGCAAUAUCUAUGGUAAAGCAGAGUGGAUGAAUCCCGGAGGAUCGGUUAAAGACCGUGCAGCUUUGUUUUUCAUUGAGGAGGCGGAGAAACGUGGUUUGAUCAAACCGGGUGGGACUAUAGUGGAAGGAACUGCCGGGAAUACUGGUAUUGGUCUUGCUCACGUUGCUCGCUCAAAAGGAUACAAUGUCGUAAUCUACAUGCCUAAUACCCAAGCCCCUUCAAAAAUUCAAACAUUGAAACUGCUAGGAUGUGAAGUUUAUCCGGUUCCUGUCGUGCCAUUUGACAAUCCUGAAAACUUCAAUCAUCAAGCUAAAAGGCAUGCUGAAAGAUUAGAAAAUGCGUAUUGGACUAACCAGUUUGAUAACCUCGACAAUAGAAUGGCUCACAUCAAGAUGACCGGGCCAGAAAUCUACAAACAACUUCAAGGUAAAGUUCAUGCGUUCACGUGUAGUUUGGGAACAGGAGGUACGUGGUGUGGAACUUCCAGAUAUCUGAAGACUCAAAAUCCAGAAAUAAAAUGUUAUGUUGCAGAGCCGCCUGGGUCUUGUGUCUAUUCAUAUGUCAAGACUGGUGGCAAAAGUUUAGAAAGAUCAGGGUCCUCGUUCACUGAGGGCAUUGGUCAAGGCCGCAUUACGAAUAACGUCGCGCAAGAUAUUGAGUUGGCAGAUGAUGCAUUCUUGAUCCCUGACGAAGAAUCUAUUGCCAUGCUCUACAGACUUCUGGAUGAGGAAGGAAUUUAUGUUGGAGGCACUUCAGCGCUAAAUGUGGUGGCUGCCGUGAGGGCAGCCAAGCUUCUUCCGGAACAAUCGAAUAUUGUCACCAUAUUGGCCGAUUCGGCCCACAAAUACUCUGAUAGAAUAUUCAGCAAGAGCUGGUUACAGAGCAAAAACUUGUAUGAAGCUAUUCCUGACAAGUUGAGAAAAUAUGCAAUUCUUGAUUAG